AUGACUGGUUCUACUUCUUCUCCACCUGUUCCCAAGCGGAUCAUCUUGUGUUUCGACGGAACAUGGCAGACAGCCGUCUCCGGAAAGCAGAACUGCCCUUCCAACAUCACUCGGCUAUGUCGGGCUAUAAAGCCUGUGGACCGCUCUGGGGAGAAAGAGUGGCAACAAGUGGUGUGGUACGACUCCGGGGUCGGAACCACCUCGCUGGCCGUUAGUAAGAUGCUGGAAGGAGCCGUGGGCGACGGGCUGGAUGGCAACGUUGUCGAAGCAUACAACUUCGUGGCCAUGAACUGGAACCCUGGCGACAAGAUCUUGUGCUUUGGCUUCUCCCGUGGCGCGUACACGGCUCGCGCGAUCGCAGGGCUGAUCUCCGACGUCGGCAUCUGUGAGCGUCGGGAUUUGCAUCGUUUUCCCGAGCUCUGGAAGCUAUACAAGAAGCCGAGAGAGAACCGGCCCUUCUACUGCAGCGACGACUAUUUCCGCUUCAUCGAUGGCAGAGCAUCUGAAAAUCAUAGGAAGCAUGGCACCGACACUGGCCUGGCUUGGGAGGCGAAUUACAAUCACGAUUGGGCACAGAAGGACUCCCGGCUGGUGGAGGUCGUGGCUGUUUACGAUACAGUCCAAGCUUUGGGGAUCCCAGAGGUUGCUGGAGUCCAGCUACCUGCCUACAUGAUGUUCUGGAAGGAUCCCCCUGGAUGGCACAACGUUAACCUUUCGCGACAUAUAAAACAUGCCAUUCAGGCUCUGGCUCUCGAUGAGUACCGCAAUGCAUUCUAUCCCGAGGUUUGGUGCUUACCCAAGGAGGGUUACCCGAACGUGACCGAGGAGAACGUCAGGUUGUCCCUCGAGAAGACGGCGAAAGAAAAGCUGAAGGCCUUGAACGAAGCCGGCAAAGAGCGACGGCGUUUAGUCAAGGAGGCCCAGGAGCAUGGGAAGCUCCAUCCAACCGACUACACCGAUGACAAUCUCCACCUGGGCAUCCCCAAGCUCACGCAGGUGUGGUUCCCCGGCUACCAUAUCAACAUCGGCGGAGGCUCAAGUGACACGUUGCUCAACCACGGUGACAUGGAAGAAAUGUCUAACAUCGUGUUCGCCUGGAUGUUGGACCAAAUCAAGCCCCAUGUCGCCAUCAACAAGUGGACUAUUAAAGACGAUUACAACCGUCGGCAGGAGAGAUUCCGUGCCUUGAAUGCUGCACGCAGGAAGGACGCGCCGAAAGAAGGCGAGAAGGAGUCCUGGAGAGCGUAUAUCGGACGCGGUGCCAAGCGGGUGGCCUCGACUGUCAUGCAUCCUCUUACCCCCGCGCCCUAUUCGGGCGAACGCGUCUAUACUUGGGGACUGGCCGACAUGCCCGACAGUUUCACCAGUAUGUACAUCCCCAAUGGUAAGAGGGGGCGUGAGCCCAGUGCGAACGUGUACAAAGACCCGAAGACCAAGAAGGAAAUCAUUGGCUUCACCUGCGCCCAGAUCCACCCGAUUGUGAACUUCCGUGUGGAGAACAAGAAGAACAAAACGUAUUUGCCCAUGGGUCUGUCCGCAGGGCAAUACAGUCGCCGCUUGGUUGGCAAAGAGUUCGUCUACUCUCUGGAUGGGGAGGACGUACCAGAGUGGCACUUGGGAGGAGAAAAUUCUUAUGAGUGGAUGGCUCUCAAACAGCACGAGGACGCAUUACAGUACAUUUUCCAGCAAGAACAGGACCGAAUGACAGGGAGCACAAAUACUGCAUUCAAAGUGUCGAAUGGGGUGUCGAACGCACUCAACAGCGUACCUGAAGGGCUUCAUAGGCACUAUCGGAAGAUUGUCGAUAGUAAGUUUAUUUCGACCGAGGAAAAAGAGGAAGGGUCUGUUCUAGAAUCCGAGCAUAGUACGCCUACUGGCUUACUGCCGCUUGAAGAACUUUCAGCCAGCAGUUUCAGCCAAAGUCCAGGGUAUCAGGGUUGA